AUGUACAGACGCGGCCGCACGGUUAGAAACGGCUGCGCGCGCAACGUGCCAGCGCCGGCCGCCGCCGGUCAUCAACGUCACGUCACUUGUGUAACGUCACGACUCGUAAAUGAUCCGACAAAUAUAGGCUGUCCAAGGCACCUCCUCCAUGCCUUAAAAAUGUCUAUGGUAUUGUUUUCAUUGGGAUUUUUUGCGCGACCUACAAAGAAAAUAGGUACUAUCAUGGAUGAUGAAGACACGCUACCAAGCGACUGGGUGUCGUCGUCUGAUGCACCUUGCGUCUCCUCAGAGGCAGUCGUCGAUGGAGGAGAGACAAGCCUAACGUGCUUGCUGCGCGCUGCAAAGCGCACCGCAUUGGUGGAUGGUGAAAAUCCAUCCGCCAAGAAACGGUGCAUUGAGGAGCCGCAGCAGGCGAAUCCAACUAGACCCACGCUCAAAGGCAAGGGCGUGGGCAAAAAAACUAAAAUUAAAUAA